CCUGAGUCAGUACUGACUGCUAUGGAAUCGACUGAAUGAGCGAAAUUGAUCGGCAUUUUCUGUACAGCAGUGGAACCGUUGCCUGGAAGUGGAGUUUGUUUCAAGCUCUUCGUUUGGGUUCAUCGUUACAUGCAUUGGAGCAUUCAUUUCUUCUAGGUACUGAAGAAGAUCAGUCAGCAUGUAUCUCGCGAAACCGACUACGGAUGGGCUGAUGGCGACUGCGCUCCCUUAACUCGAUAAUCUGGUAGGUACGUCGAACUCAGAAGACCUGUACCCGGGCUCCGUCCAAAAGAGAUUCUCCUGUCGAGGUACUACGAGAUUGUCUGGAAUUGUUGAUGUUGUUGAAUAUUUGUAGCCGCAUGUACAAGCUCAAUCUAUAAGGAUCCUAGAAGGGACGAGACUACCCUGCAAAUUCUUCUUUCUUUCGCGGUGUAAUUUGAGCAAUGGCAUUGACUCAGAACUUGACUUCAACUUCAAUAAGGUAAAAUUCUUAAGUUUUUCACUUUCAGAUUUUGUUGGUUGAAUCUUCGGUUUAUCUUCAUUGCAUAUAGAUAAGAAUUAUCAAGACAUUCAGUUAUUUACCUAGGUUUGGCUGACAUUACUUGUACGAUUGAAAGUAAUAAAGGAAAUAAAGAAGAGAAGUGUCAUCACUGCCCACAAUUCGAUAUACAAAUCCGAGUGUCCUAGCUGUCAACGUGCUGGACUUCCUUACAUCUCAUGAGUUUUAAUCAGCUCUUGAAAGUGACGAGAUUGUUUACCAUGAAUGAUAAUAUGUUCAUACAAAUGUAUGAAAAUACAAUUAUUCAGUGAACCAUACAAUGCAUACUUUCUGGCCUUUGUGUCAGCGGGCUUACCUUCAGUAUUCUUGAUUUCACACCCUAUGUUCGAACUUCCAGACAGACACCACAACAUUCUACUCCAG